AUGGUGGCGAUUGCCGCUGGACCUGAAUCAUCAGUGGCCGCAUCAUCAGCGGUCACCGACAGCCCCAAGGUGCCCCCAGAACUAGUCGUCGAGUUGCUCCGCUAUGUACACGACGGCCCUUCGUCGCUGUCUGCAUGUAGCCUGACCUGUCGAUCUUGGGCCGAGGAAAUCCGUCGCAAUCGUUUUCGACAGGUGGCCCUUGAGUACUCUAACAUUCACGCAUUUCAUGACCUCAUUCAGCAUGCUCCUACCGUCGGGAGUUACGUCAAACAUCUGUAUAUCCAGAUCGAGCGUGCAGACGACGUACUAUGGCAACUACAGCAGCACGAGGUAGUGAAAGACAUCGCUGGACGAAUGCGGGAUGUGCGAUCUCUGAAGCUUGUAUGCUACCUCGUCACCCCCACAACGGUGUCGUCGUUGGCGAGCUUGUUCUCGGCGGUAGAGCUGUCGCUUGGGAUGGUCUUUUCACUCAGAGCUGAGGACAUAGCGAGUCUCAUUCGUUCCUUCUCUGUUCUCAAGAUACUUAUUGUCGAGGACAUUGUGGUGGUUCCAUCCACCAAUCUCUGUGCGACCACGAAACCCUCUGCAUAUCGAGCCUUCCUCUCUAAGCUGGGCAUUCCGAGACUGAAUCAUACCACCCCUCUGCCUCUCGAGACAGUCUCCUCUGAUGACUUGGUGCAUCUUAACUCAUGGAUCUGUAACGAAAUGUUCCGGGAAAGUCACGGGUACAAUCUCAACUUAGCUGCAGCUCACAAAUUUGGCACAAUCCUUCAAGGUGUAGGUGCUUCUCUCGAAGGUCUCAUCAUCCGCCUCCCCACCCCCCCGCGUGCCACAUGGAUUUUCAGUGGAGUGUGGCUUGGUGCAUUGCGUUCGCCUCUGGAAAGUGGUGAUCGACGCAAUGGAAACAGCGUACGCGUCAUCAUAAUUCACAACAUCGAGCUCAGCCGCUGGCGUAGCUGGCUCCCCGGAUUCGAUACUGUACUCGCUCGCGAGAAAUUUCUAAAUUUGGAGCAGGAUACUCCGGACGAGAUACAGGAUUGUCUCAUGAUGUUCAUGACACAAGCUUCUCUCGGAGCGGGUGAAAAUGAUCCCGACAUCGCGCUGAUUAAUGAUCUAGACGCUCCCGGGCCACGAAAGCCACACUUGGGUGUACAUACGAAUGUCUCGAAGCAUUGGCAGCAGUCGCGUGCUUUCUCCUACAAGCUUUGGCUUCCGCGACCUGCAGUUUUUCCUGUGAUAGAAGCUAAGCAGAUACUCAACAAGGAGGAAUUGAUACUUGAAAUUACUGGUGCUUGUAUCUGGGCUGAUGUCAAUGAUCUCGCACCUGGUCGCAAGUUCGGCUUAGAGAUCGGGGGUAGCCCCGCUUUCGCCCUUGUGCCUCUAUUCCUGCCUCACUUUACCGGAUUUUCUGUACCAUUUUCUGCACAUAGAUUUGCACUUCUCGAGGAGUCUCUUGUACCUCCACAUACGAGUCUGCUCUGCCGCUACGUCACAUUAUGCGCUUGCCGCACCUGGUCCCGCGGUUCAGCCACUACGUCACCUUCAUCCUCUUUCCCCUCCUGCAUCUGA